AUGAACUCUGGCUUUUCCACAGGCAAAGGGAAUACUACGAAAAGUGCCGAAUUCAAUUUUAUGCUGGACCCAGAAGCUGCGUUUCAACAGGAUUGGCGCCUCAACGUUCUUGGAACAAUAGAAAGUCCCUUCGUCGAAUUAUUAAAUCGCGUGGAACGCGCUUUGCUCAUACCGAGAGGCGUCAAACGUUGGCUGGUUUGUGAUGCAUUGGCCGUCGCCGCUUAUCUAUUCCCUCAUUUGGUGGUGACUGCUACUCAGCUGCAUCAUGCAGACGUGGAACUUGCUGGCGUGCAUACA